ACCCACUUAAUUAAUAAUGUAAUCUUUACAAAAAUAUUUUAUACUUACAAUAUGCUUCAAGGGACUUAAUAGAAAAAAAAAAAAAAAAAAACGGAGGCUGAGACUUCUAGAUUUGAUCGGAGGUUUGGAAGAGAGGAGGCGCGCUCAUCAUAUGAUAUAGUGCAACCCAUAGGAGGAGGUGGAGAGAAUUACAGAAAGCCGCCUGGAGAUGGCUGAGGAUACUAUGUUGCAACAUGCAGGAGAAGGAGCUAAGUGGAGACAAUUGCAUGCAGAACACGCGGAGAAGGAAGUGGAUAGAAUUACAGAACACAUGGAGAUGGCUAACAAUAGUCCAGCACGCAGGAGAAUGAGGUGGAGACUUGCAGAAGACAUGGAGAUUGCUUUGGAUAGUGCAACACAGAGGAGAAAGGGAGAUCGAAUUGUUGAAGAUCCAUUAGGAAUCCUGGCCUCUUGGAAUGAGUCUUCUCAUUACUGCAAUUGGACAGGAGUUUUAUGCAGUAAGAAGCACCAAGGUAGAGUUACCGUCUUGAAUUUAGGAGGCCAAGAGCUGGCUGGUUCUAUACCUCCUCACAUUGGAAAUCUAUCCUUCUUAAGGCAAAUCAACCUCAGUUACAAUAGUUUCACGGGCGAGAUUCCUCAACAAAUUGGUCGUUUGUUCCGACUAAGAUAUCUUCUUCUCUUUUCCAACCAUUUUCAUGGUAAAAUCCCAAUGGAGCUUCAAAAUAUAACAAAAAGCCUACAGGUUCUCACACUCUUUUCAAAUGAAUUAACAGGAAGUAUACCACAAACGUUGGGCAACGCAUCUUCACUCUUAGAAUUAUCCUUGAUGGAAAAUAAUUUACAGGGAAGUAUACCAGCAGAGCUUGGAAAACUUCUAAACUUGGAAUUCCUACAGCUUUCUCAAAACAAUUUAUCUGGGGAGGUCCCACUUUCCAUUUACAAUUUAUCGUCAGUGUAUGAAUUUUCUUUGGCAGAGAACCAGUUGCAUGGUAGAAUUCCAUCUGAUGUUGGCUUCACUCUUCCUAAUCUUCGGUAUUUCUAUGUCCCUCUAAACCAUUUUUAUGGAGAGAUACCAGCUUCUUUUCUAAAUGCUACCAAAUUAGAACAGCUUGAAUUAGGGAAUAACAAUUUCAGUGGCGUGGUACCUUCAAACCUUGGAAGCCUAAGGAAUCUUCAACUUCUAUAUCUCAUGGGAAAUCAGUUGGAAAGUGUAGAAGGAGAAGGUUUAGGUUUCAUAACUUCUUUAACUAAUUGCACCAACCUUCGCCAAUUGAGACUUGACGGCAAUAAUUUCGAAGGUGUAUUACCCCUUUCAAUUGCCAAUCUUUCAACUAAGCUUGAAAGGUUCACCAUAGGUGCAAACCUACAGAUUUCAGGUAAAAUCCCCAAAGAGAUUGGGAAUCUGGUUGGCUUAGAGGUUCUGGUUAUAACUGCUUCCAGUAUUACAGGUGAAAUUCCUUCUUCUAUAUGCAAACUGGAAAAGCUAUCUGAUCUUGAACUACAGGCGAAUAGAAUUUCAGGGCCAAUUCCAUCCUUGCUUGGAAAUCUCACCCAACUUCAAUAUCUUAACCUAGAAGAGAACAAUUUGAAGGGCCUGAUUCCUCCUAGUUUGGGAAAUUGUACACAACUUGAAUAUCUUUACCUUGAGAACAAUUCCUUGUUUGGUAACAUACCGAAACAACUUUUUAGCUUAUCUCAUCUCAUAGACCUCUACUUGCCACAAAAUUCAUUUACAGGACAAUUGCCCAUAGAUUUAGCUGAGGGUAAGAUGACCAACCUUGUGCAUUUGAGUGUUCAACACAAUCGAUUGUCAGGAGGAAUUCCAAGUGCCUUAGGUGAUUGCUUGAUGUUAGAGGGACUCUGGAUGGAUGGUAACUUGUUUGAAGGAAGCAUCCCACCAUCAUUUAACAAUUUGAGAAGCCUUGUAUCGUUGGACCUCUCCAAUAACAAAUUUUCUGGCGAAAUUCCAGAAUACUUCCAAAAUUUUCCUUUGUUGCAAUACCUAAACUUAUCAUUCAAUAAUUUUGAAGGAGUGUUGCCAACUGGAAGGAUCUUUGAAAAUGCAAGCAUAAUUUCUGUUUCUGGAAACCCAAGACUCUGUGGAGGCAUGCAUCAGCUAGGACUUCCUUCAUGCAAGAUUGGAGACAGAAAGCUUCAUCAUUUGAUCGUGUUGAUCUCAGUAAGUGCUUCAUGCUCAAUAUUCUUGAUGGUAUCGCUUCUUGUUAUCUUUGCAUUCAGAAGAUCGAAAAGGAAACUUUCAACUUCUACCGAUGUGCAAGAUCCAGAACAAUAUCCAAAGAUUUCUUAUGCAGAGCUAAGUCGGGCAACCAAUGAGUUCUCAUCAUCUAACUUGAUUGGUGAGGGAAGUUUUGGUUGUGUUUAUAAAGGAAUUUUGAGUGGAGAUGAAAUGCUAGUGGCGGUGAAGGUUUUAAACCUUAAGAGGAGAGGAGCUACCAAGAGUUUUAUGGCUGAGUGUGAAACAUUGAGAAAUAUUCGACAUCGCAAUUUGAUCAAGAUUGUAACUGUUUGCUCAAGUAUAGACUUUAGAGGAACCAAUUUCAAGGCUUUAGUCUAUGAAUUCAUGCAAAAUGGAAGCUUAGAGAAGUGGCUACAUCCAAAUGAAGAUCAAACUAUUGCACGUAGUUUAAGCCUCAUUCAAAGACUCAAUAUAGCCGUUGAGGUCGCUUCUGCAAUUGAAUACCUUCAUAACUAUUGCCAGCCAUCAAUUGUUCAUGGGGACCUUAAGCCAAGCAAUGUUCUACUUGAUGAGGAAAUGGUUUCUCAUGUGGGUGAUUUUGGCCUGGCAAGAUUUUCAUCAAUUUCUCAAAACCAAAGCAGUUCCAUGGGUGUGAAGGGAACAAUUGGCUAUGUAGCACCGGAAUAUGGCAUGAGCACUAAGAUAUCCAAGCUUGGUGAUGUCUAUAGUUUUGGAAUUCUCUUACUGGAGAUGAUUACAGGGAAAGCACCAACUGAUUCAAUGUUCAAAGACAACUUCACCAUACACCAAUUGGUCAAGACAAGGCUUCCUGAAAGGGUAACUGAUAUUAUAGAUCCUUCAUUGCUCCAGGAGGUUCAAGAAGCAGAAAAUUCAAAAGCAAGGAAUAUGCGAAAGGGAGUUGGUGUUUUGGAGAGCCUCUUGGCGAUUGCCGAGGUUGGAGUUGCCUGCUCAAUGGAGUCACCAAGUGAAAGGAUGGAGAUGAAAGAAGUUGCGACGAAAUUAUAUGCCAUUAGAGACAAGUUCCUCCAUCGGUAGAAAGACAUGAUUCUCAUCGGUUGAUUCCAUCCAUAUCAAAGUAGAGUUAAUAGAUUAAGAAUACUUUC